UCAGAGUCGGAAAAAUGAGAAGAAGGUUGUGAAACAGAUGUGGAGGCUGCAUAGGAGACAUUUGAUGCUUACUUCAUGUCCUAACAAGGAACUGAGUAAAUAUCUGAAUAAGUCUUUAGCGGAGGAGGACAUGAUUUGUGGGAUCAGAAAGUGAUGAUGUUUUGAUUUUUGUCGCUCAGACUACUUAUCUUUUCCAUCUCCAGACACAAACAUACUUUGGUGUGGUGCAUCAUGGGAAGCUUCAAAGGCCACGCUCUACCUGGGAGCUUCUUCCUGGUUGCGGGGAUCUGGUGGACAGUGAAGCACUCUUUGUGGUACGCCACCCGCAGGAACAAGAACAUCGGCUCCACACGGCUGUCCAGCAGAGCGUCACAGCGCCGCCUAGAGGUCAUCGAAAGCUCCCUCAUACUCUUUUUCUCUGUUGUUGGGAUGCUGUUGGAGCAGUUUGCAGCUGACGGGCCGAGGCUCCAGCUGUACGACUUUGCAGAGAAACACUGGGAGGACCUGAUGAACUGGCAGCACGCCACCAUGUAUCUGUUCUUUGGACUGGCGGCGAUGGUGUCCCUGAUCAUUCACACCACAGAGGCGGCCCCGCUGGCACUCGACAGGUUAAUGCUGGCUGUCGCUUUCUUUAAUGAGGGAUUUCUUUUUCUCUACCAUCUCCACGGCAGGAGCAUGCUGGACGUCCACGUCCAUCAGCUCCUUCUGUACGCCAUCUUUGGCGACGCUCUGGUUUCCUUCCUGGAGGUUUUCCACCGAGGAAACAUCAUCCUGGAGCUGCUGCGCUGCACCCUCACUCUGCUGCAGGGGAGCUGGUUCUGGCAGAUCGGUUAUGUCCUGUACCCUCCUCGUGGUCCUGAGUGGGACCUUAAGGAUCACAACAACAUGAUGUUCAUCACCAUGUGUUACUCCUGGCACCUCGCCUUUGCCAUGCUCCUCGUCAGCGUGCUCUACUGCGCCGUCAGCUGUGUGGUUCGCUCCAGAUUAAAGAGGACUCCUCCGAUUGAAAUGGGGCUUCUGAAGCCCAGAGACAGAGAUCUGGAGUCCGAGGAUGAGAUUUUAUGAAGACGUCGUUGUACAAAUAAACAACCAAAUCAGGGAUAAGAUGUUGACGGCUUCUAUCAGCAGUGCGAGUAAAAGCGAGGCAGAAGAAAGGACAAAGACUUUGUGCCUCAAAGCGUUAGAGACAUUUCUCUACCUCUGCCUUAUUUAAUCAUCUUUAGCCUUACUAUUGUUGUUCAAUGCUAUUUAUUUAACAUGGCCAAAUACUUUCCACUUACUUUGCCAUAUCUUUGUUUUUCUUUGUUAUUCAUUUGCACACCUAUAAGGGAACAUGAGCUCAGAAGCUUUUGAAUCAUUGCAUGCUUCUCAUUGACCUCACUGAACUCUCAUGUCAGAGAUUUUGGUGUUCAGUAGCACCAUCCUGUGGUAAAAACGACCCUUUACAUCAGCACAUGAUAUAUUUACUGUUUGUCUUCAUAUAUUCUAUGCUGCUUUGUUUGUUUCUGAAUGUUCAUAGAUUGUUUCAUGAGUCAACAAACCUAAAUGCUGAAAAAAUACAAGUUCAUUCAAAUUGUUUUAAAUGUUUUUCAUUUUGUUGUUUUACAAUAAUACAGAAUAUAAAAUACAAAAUACAA